AUGGCCUUUCUGAAUGAUGUGAGUGUUAGUGAAGAUAAAGAUAAGUGGCAGUGGGCUCCGGAUAAUUCAGGUCGGUUCUCUACAUCGUCGUUUAAAUCUUUGUUUUCUAUUGCUCCCGAUUCGGGUCAGAUGUAUAGGUUGUGGAAAGGAGGCUGGAUUCUGUCCAAGUGUGAUAUUUUCAUUUGGAGAGCGUACCAAGACCGGAUCCCUACGAGACAUGCUUUGGCUAGAAGGAAUAUUCCGGUUGCUUCGACGGAAUGUAUCUUAUGUGGAGAGGCGAAUGAGACGGUGGACCACCUUUUUUCUAUUUGUAGGAUUGCGGCUUCGGUUUGGGAAAAAAUAAGUGAAUGGGUUAAGAUCCCCCCUAUAUUCGCCUUUUCGUUUCGGGAUAUUCUCUCUAUUCAUGAAGGUGUCGGGGCGAACAGGAAAACCAAGGAUAUUAUUCGGGGCCUUAUUAUGAUCGCAUGUUGGUGUAUUUGGAAAGCUCGUAACGAAAAAUAUUUCUCCAGUGGCAAAGGUUGCAGUGCUGAAAUCUUCGGGGAGGUGGAAUCUUUAGGUUAUCUUUGGCUAAAAUGUAGAUCUAUCCAUAAGGGUAUUGUUUGGAGUGAAUGGUGUAAUUCGCCCCUGUAUAUGUUGUAA